UGUCAUGUUAUUAAAUAAUUAAUUCCUGAAUGGCACAUGCAUACAAUUCUUACUUGACUAUGUUGUAAGUCUUUUGCUGGAUCAAUUCUGAGUUCAACGUUUUGCUGCUAAACUGGUUGCAAUGUUAUUUUUACUUGACGCAACUGAAAACUCAAGCCAGUGGUUGUACAAGAAGGAAGAUGGCAUUCGGGCCGUCAGUGGUUUAUCAUCGGCCUUGUCGAUCCUGGGCUCAGCUUUGAUCAUUCUCUCCUAUCUUUGCUUUCACAGUCUACGAACAAGAGCACGACUCAUUCUAGUUCACCUGGCUCUCACUGAUAUGGGGGUAGGUAUUGCCAAUUUGGUAGGAAUUAUCGUCAACUUUGAUCAGUAUUACAUUCACGAGCAUUCACCAGAUGACACAUUCCAUCCUAAAAUGUCAAUAGCAAUCUUAUGCAGUGCUCAGGCCUCUGUUGCUCACUACUGUACUCUAAGUUCUGUGCUUUGGACUUCCUCCUUGGCUGUCUACAUGUACUUGCUGAUUGUGAACCAAAGUCAGAGACAGAUGAAACUUUUAAUGUGGUUCUUCUAUGUGUUUUGCUAUGGGAUGCCACUAUUGGUUACCGUGUGGUUGUUAUGUACCGAACGACUUGGGUAUUCUCCUUACAACUCCUCGGGUUGGUGCUCAAUUAUUAUGGUCAAGCCUUAUAGAAAAAAAUUAUUUGAAAUUGAUUUGAUGUCGGAUGUAGCUGGAUACAACCUAUGGAUCAUGCUUACAAUUACUCUAAUCGUUCCACUCUACGUUUCAGUGUACUGCUUCGUGAGACAACAGGUGAAAGAGAACACUGAUUCCAAGCUGUUCUGGCAAGCAAUGCACAACAUCGACUACAAGUUCAUUCUGAUUCCAGUGAUGUUCAUUUUCCUAAGGAUAUGGUCGUUGAUUAUUAAUAUUCUUCUUGACUACUGUCGUGUGCAAGUCCCAGAAACAGCUCUCAAAGCACUUUUGUAUAUGGCUGGAUUCGGAGAUUCCAGUCAAGGUUUCUUCAAUGCCAUUCUGUUUGUGGCCUUCACACACAGUGUUCGGAAACAUCUGUUUGCAUGCUUGUGUUUAAAAAGGCAGAUUACUGUUGUUAAUGUUAAACCUGAAGAAAAAUCAAUGCACCUUAGAACUGAAACUCAACAUCUAAGCUCCAAACCAAUCACAUUCAAUAGCAGGAAAUACAGUUUGGUAGCAAAUGAAGAGGUGAUUAACAGUACUUCUGAAGAAAAGACCGUCAGUGUAAUCCCUGUUAGCGAUUAUUCCCCUGUGUCUUAGAAAUGACUUUGCAUUUAUGUGUUUGUGUGCUUGUUGUGUGUGCUCAUUCAAAAGCUGCCCACUAAUUGUUAA